AUGAUUCGAUUAUCAUACAAUAGGAUAAAGGAUUACCUUUACAAAUCAAAUAAUAUCCAAACAAUUAUCCAAAAAUCAAUAAACCCCAACUUUAAUUAUGUUGGCAAUAAAAAAAUAAUUCCUAUUCGACCAAUUACUACAAAUAUUACAAAUGCUUUUUACAAAUCAACCGAAUAUAUGAAUAAAAAUGUUAAAUCAGGAAUUAUUAUAUUUAAUCGUAAUGUUACCAUAGAAAGUGCCGCAAAUGAUAAUAAAGAAACUUCAUUGACAGAUACAACGCCAAAGUUGUUAAACUAUCGACCUCGUUAUGAUCGUGAUGGGCAAGUGUUACCUUCAUUGCCUUUGGAAAAAGUUGAAGAACUUUUAUACGAACGGAUUAAAUGGCAAAAAGAAAAUAUAUAUGAUCGUGUUAAUUAUGAGCUAUUAGAAGAUUUUCCUGCUUGGCUUCAAGGCUGUAAAAUGCAACACCUCGCAUAUUUAUUUGAUGGAAAAAACUGGAGAGAAAUAAUUAAUAUGAAUGCUAGAGAUCUAGAAUUUUUAGGUGUCAAGUCAGCAACUUUUAGACGGAGAUUAACAACCUAUUUUUGGGCAGCUAAAGAAGAACGCGUAUUUAGAUAUAGAAAGAUUAGAACAACACCUGAUAUUACACCAGAAUUAUUAGAGGGGAUGAAACAAUACGCUUCAAAGUUUGAAGGGAAAAAAUGGCAAGAUAUUCUUGAGCUUAACUAUAAAGAUUUAAUGACAUUGGGAAUUGAAUCUAUUGAGGAUCGAAUUCUAUUGAUUAAAAGUUUUUGGAAGGCCAAACGUGUAAUUAUCUAUACAGAGAAGAUAAAGAAAGCUUCUGAAGUGGAUGUUAAUGGUGAGA